CAGAUGACAGAUGUUCGUGCACGGCUUGAAGUUUAGAUCUGUCAAGAUAGCACAGGAGGCAGGCGGGGUCUCACGGGUCUCACACGGGGAGAUUUCCUGACAGGCUAAAGUGCGGGCGUAAACAACCACGAUAAGUAGGCGUUUCUUCGAGCGCGUGAUUCAGGGAAAUAAAAGGAGCUAGGCGGAUGUCGUUCUCACUUCGAAAACUGACGGAAGGGCUUCAAAGGAUCACUCCAAAAAAAAGAAACAUGGAUGUCCGUACUGGUUUUAUUUUUUUGUUCUGCCUAAUGGGAUUCACCUGUGCGGAGCCAGUGAAAUUCAUGGACUGCGGCUCCUCUUCUGGUAAAGUGGCCAUAGUGGACAUUAACCCUUGUGCUAGCCAGCCAUGCCAGCUACACAAAGGACAGUCCUACAGCGUCAAUGUGACAUUCAGCAGUGCUGUGGCGAGCCAGACGGGCACAGCAGUGGUUCACGGCAUUAUUGCUGGAGUCCCCAUCCCCUUCCACAUUCCCAUAGACGAUGCCUGCAAGUGUGGAAUCCAGUGUCCCAUCCAGAAGCAGCAGAUGUAUCACUAUGUGACCGCUCUGCCUGUGAAGACGGAGUAUCCUGCAAUAAAGCUGGUUGUGGAGUGGGAACUAAAGGACGACAACAAACAAGACCUGUUCUGCAUCAGAUUUCCAGUUCAAAUUGUGAGCUGAGCAACAGUACAGUACCUCUGACAAGUGUUUGUCUUUU